AUGGAGGUCCGAUCAGCCCUAUUGGCCAACCUGACCGAUGUGGAGAAAAGCAUCAAGCAUCUUGUUACAGAGGCAGUAAGUAGUUCAAUAAGUAAUGUAGCUACCAGUAGCUGUAGCACGGAUAUGUCAUCUAAAGACGUGUUUGAGCAUUACAAGGCUGCCGCUGCUUCUUCAGGCAGGAAGGAGGACAGUAAGAGGACUCGAGGGGAGAGCAGUAAAACUGCCCCAAAGAAGGCCCGAACUGAGGACCCUCCAGCCACUGUUCCAUCGAAGGAUAACACGCCACCUCCAUCGCCACUCGAGCAGCCGGGUUCAACUCCUCCGGUUGAUCAGGACGCUACUCCUCCAACAAUUGUCGACCAGCAUCCCACACCUCAGGACCCUACCAGCCGAACACACCGCACUCAGCCCUCUCAGCCCGAAUGCUCCCUGUCUAGCUCCGUGGUUAGCUCAACCAGGGAGAGGAUAUACAAGCUCUCCAAACACAAACGUAGUCAAGAGGCCAUUGACGACACUAUUUCCAUGGAGAUCGACCAAAUACUCAACUAG